GAAAAAAAACACAACCUUGUAUCCUCACCGUCUUCAAAUUCCUUCUUAUACCGAGUUCGUUCCUCCUCUCUCCCCCUCCCUUCUUUGAUCCCUUCCCACUUCGUCCUGGAUCACUCGAAGGUAAAUCAAAUAUCACCUAAUCCAGUUUCCUUUUGUUGCGCCAUUAUUCGUUACCAAAUCCUCCGAUUCAUGCUGUAUAUUCCCCCUAUUUUUUAGGAAUUUUUAGGAAUUUUUGUUCGUUAUUUUGAUGCAUUAGGGUUGUUAGGGUUGGAUUUGUGAUUUGCCCUGUUGUGUUGAUCCUGUGGGCCUUUGAUUUACUAGGGUUCCUGCAUUACCUUUCUCUAGGGCUAGGGUUAGGGUUAGGGUUAGGGCACCGACCAUGUCGGCUUCAAAGACCGCCGCUGUCCCGACAACGCCGGUGACCAAUAAGAACACUUCUUUGACCCUUGAUUCGGGGUCGAACCCUAAUGCGAGGAGAAGGACAGUAGUUGUUUUAGAGAAGAAAUCGAAUGCCGGUAUACUCGCCGAAGGCGCGGCGAAUGGGGUUGUGGAGGAUAAGAUGGUGGUCAUCGGGAAGGAUUUGAGGCACACGAUCAGGGGCGAGACCGUGAUUGGGGCCCAGAAGGAUUCGUUUCAGUCGAAGAAAGGAACGAUUGCUCCUUCCGCCACGUCUCCUCGGCAGAAGAAAGUAGGGCAUAGGCCGGAGAAACCUAAGUGGCAGACCGUUCUUAGUGUCAUGACGAAGAAUUGCCUUCUUGUUGCGGCUCUCUUAUGGUUGGGGCAGACGAUUUGGGAUUGGAAUAAUAGGGUUCGGGAGCCGGGCGACCCCUCUUUUGCGGCUUUGGAGUACGAGGGUCGGAUUUCCGAGGUGGAAUCGUCUUUAAAGACGACGGCGAAAAUGUUGCAAGUUCAGAUAGAAGUUGUAGAUAAAAGAAUAGGAAAAGAGAUUGGGGCUUUGAAGCAGGAGUUUGGCGAGCAAGUCGAAGAGAAGAGAGCGCUGCUUGAGAAGGAUCUGAAGAAGCUGGAAGGUAGAGCAGAUAAUUUGGAGAAAUCCUUGAGCGAAUUGAAGAUCAAGGACUUCGUUUCGAGGGAAGAGUUUGAGGAUUUCUGGAAUGAGGUAGAGAUCAGCGGGAGUUUAGACGGAAGUACGAGUGAGGUUAGCUUGGAUCAAAUUAGGGUUUUGGCGAGAGAGAUUGUAGAGAAGGAGAUUGAGAAGCAUGCGGCAGAUGGUCUGGGAAGGGUGGAUUACGCAUUGGCUUCUGGCGGGGCUAGAGUUGUAAGGCAUUCGGAACCGUAUGGUUUCAGUAAAGCUAGUAGCUGGAUAGCUGCUGCUAAAGCUCGGAGCGGAGUUCAUGCCACUGCUCAUAAAAUGCUGGAGCCAAGCUUUGGAGAACCCGGACAGUGUUUUGCCUUGCAGGGAAGCAGUGGGUUUAUUGAGAUCCGACUAAGAACAGGGAUUAUACCGGAGGCUGUCACACUGGAGCAUGUCUCAAAGGGCGUAGCCUAUGACAGAUCUAGCGCGCCAAAGGACUGCCGGGUAUCAGGUUGGUUUGAAACACCCGACGAGGACCCGUCAACCCGUGCCGCAAAGACGGUCGUCCUGUCCGAGUUCUCCUACGACCUCGAGAAGAGCUACGCCCAAACCUUCAACAUCCAGGGAACGGAAGCGGGCAUCGUCAACACGGUCCGGUUCGACUUCACCUCCAACCACGGCAGCUCCGCUCUAACUUGCAUCUACCGCUUCCGGGUUCACGGCCGCGAACCUAGCCCCCGUGCAGGUAUGGCUCUACAGGCCUGACAGAGAGGGAAGGCCGCCGACACCCAUCUGUUGUUUUUCCGCCAUAAGUUCUCUUUGUACCCUCAUCACCAUAUCUUCUCUUUCGUAUGUCGAUACUCACCACCGCCUGCCACUCUUUGGUAGUGUUGUAUUUUUGGGGAGCUGUAAAUUUUCUAACUAUUUUUUUUUCCCGCUCUCCUCGUUUCUUCGAGUAUCGAUCGUAGGUAUUGAGAGUUUUAUGUUGUAAAGUAGCGACGAAGCCAUGAAUGUGCAUGUAUCAGUGUUUUCCCGAGUACAUUGACAACACCGAUAUACGGUAAUACUGCGCCGACAUCUAUGGUGUCGGAAUCCAAGGCCUCAGUAAGCCAUUUCCAAUUGAUAACAAACUUUUUGAGUUGAUUUA